UUUUGUGUGCUGAAUUCAUUUUUACAGCUUACCAACAUCUUGCUGACAGAGGACAUGGAGCCUAAGUUGUCUGAUUUUGGGCUGGCAAAAAUGCUGCAAAUGGAGGAGACCAAGGUUUUUACAGAUGUGAGGGGAACCAUCGGUUACAUGGACCCUGAGUACAUAACGCACUCCAAGCUUACUUGCGCAAGUGAUAUCUACAGCUUUGGUGUGGUUGUGCUGCAGCUUCUGUCAGGAAGAAAGGUCAUAGAGCUUGACAUUGUUGCGCGCGAUUCGCUCACCAAGAAGGUAAGUUCAGGCAUAUCUUUUCAGCAUCAUAUCCCUGUUACACUGAGAAGGAACUCGGCAAGUCAAUUUCAGAAGUUAUUCUCACCAUUGGUUGUUCUUAUUAUCUUGACUUACAGUCAAGGAACUGAAGUUUUUGAUGCACCUAAUUUGAUCUCCGUUCUUGUCUCAAGGCCAAAGAUGUUGUAACUGGGAAAAAACCACUGGACGAAUUCAUAGACUCGCGCGUUCGAGAUGAAGUUAAUAUCGAAGAUUUUGUAUUGAUAUUAAAGAUUGGAGUCCUCUGUGUGGCACACUCUAGCGUAGGGCGUCCAACAAUAAAAGAUGUGUACGAGGAGAUGGACAAAGCAUGGAGAAAUACAAACACAAAGGUUUGAAUCAUUGACACCAUUCUUGCAUCACACACACUACAUUAUGCUACCUUUGUUAGCGCAACCAAAUUUCUCACCUUUGACCAAAUUUCAAUAAAAAAUAUUUAGGUUGGUUAGAUAAAAAUGUUGCAACUAUAUUUGUCACUAAAAGUAGUUCUUCAAUAUGAUCUGUUAUAAUAUUUUACUUGCAUAUUCAUAA